AAGGCUGCCCUGCCCUAGUCUCUGUCUCUCUGACCGUCUCCUUGUCAUCGUUCCCCCUUGCCGCCCGGUUUGCUCGGUGCCGCCGUUGAUUCACAAACGCAAACUGGGCUGAGCCGCCCACUUUUACUAAAUUAUAAUUAAUUACCUAGAAAAGAGAAUUAUAAAUACUGCGUUGGCAUCCGUGUUGCUCUUCCGUUCUUCUUCUGGCAGCGUAAACAGUGCAGAGGGGAGGUGCCAUUCCCGGUCUGUGUUCAGUCGGAUCAAAAUCUCUCUCUCUCUCUCAAAUGGCUGAUUUUCUGAGUUCGACUCACCGAGCCAAGUGGAUCUUCUCUCCCCAAGACCUGAAGGAGAAGUACAAAGCUGCUAAUCAAAGAGCAAGGCAAACGCUGGAGAAGUUCAAACAAAUUCUUUAUGUUGGCACAUCAAGAGACUGUUAACCGGUGACAUUAAUCAUGCAAUAUUUUAUGAAGUAUGGAGCAACAAGAAUGGAAGUAGAUGUUGAUGGGUCGUGGUCAUAUCCUGAACUUCAAACUGAUACAACUGAUACAAAAGAGAAUGCUGAGAAGCAUUCUCGCCCGAAACCACUUAAGACUGAAGAAGAACAGCUUUUACGGGCAUUCUAUGAGUUUAAGAUCCAAGAUGUAUGCGAUGCCUUCAAGUUCCCGCGAAAGAUUCAGGCAACAGCUCUGAUUUACUUCAAAAGGUUUUAUUUGCAAUGGUCGGUUAUGGAGCAUCAUCCAAAAGACAUCAUGUUAACAUGCAUAUAUGCAGCUUGUAAGGUAGAAGAAAAUCAUGUAUCGGCAGAAGAACUUGGCAAGGGGAUUGAACAAGAUCAUCAAAUGAUCCUCAAUAAUGAGAUGAUUGUUCUUCAGAGUUUAGGAUUUGAUCUUAUAGUUUAUGCACCAUAUCGUGCACUUGAUGGUUUUGUUAGUGAUAUGGAGGAGUUCCUCCAAGCUACAGAGGAGCAGCUUCUUAUGCUUAAGGAUAUAAAUGCUACUGCUAAGGCAGAAACAGAUAAAAUCAUGCGUACAGAUGCACCACUUAUGUUCCCUCCUGGGCAGUUGGCAUUGGCUGCUUUGCGUAAGUCAAAUGCAGUGCACAUGGUUUUAGACUUUGAGAGAUACCUCUGGAGCAUUUUGUCACGCCAGCAUUCUUCUUCCACACACCCGAUUUCUGAGCUCACAGUUUCUCUAAAUGCCAUAGACUCAAUGGUAAAUAAACUGGAGACGCCAACUGCAGCAGACAUGAAGCACAUUGAUAGGAAGCUUAAGUCUUGUCGGAACCCAAGCUCCCAUGACAAGAGUAAAAAACGGAAACACCGAUCCAAAGAGGGUUCAAACCAAUUGCAGCAAGCAUAGCUGAGCCCAUUGUUGCCAGACUGACUGCAUGUUAUUCUUAUGGUUGCAAGCAGAGCAUCAAUUGCUGCUUCAUUUUCCACCUGAAGCAGGUGGUGUGGAUGUGGUCUUUACCUAUUUAAUUUAAUGAAAUGAAAUGGCAAAGUGACUGACUGAUAAUGAUAUAUGUAAGGUGUGGAUAUGCUGUUCUGUUUUCUUGUUUUUCUCUUUUGGAGCUGGAGCUGGAUAUUAGGAUGUAAAGUGUAAAGGAAGCAAGCUUUUGUUUUCUUUUGUUUCAGUAAUCAAUAUGAAUUUUCAUUUUCUGUAUA